AUGGCGGAAAAAUCCUCCCAGGAUGCGCACAGUCAUGUUAUUGGCAGCUUCCUGGAGAAACCUCCAGCCGGAGGCGUUGUCCAGAAUAAUAACAUGAUGGAUCCCAACGAGAUGAGCGAGGCUGAUCGUGCCCUUGUCGCUGAAUUUGGGUACACACCAGUUUUCAAGCGACAAUUCGGCUAUCUCUCAACAUUUUCUUUCGCUGUCAGUGUCGGAGGCGUGUUUGCGUCAGUCGCUACGACCUUCAUCUAUCCGCUCCAAGCAGGUGGUAGCGCGUCAGUCAUUUGGUGUUGGCUUAUCUCGGGUGCUGGGUGUAUGUGCAUUGCGCUCUCUGUCUCAGAACUGGUCUCCGCAUACCCUACCUGUGGUGGUCUCUACUACACCGUGUCUCGACUCGCGCCAAAGAGAUAUGUCCCAGUUCUCAGUUGGAUCACUGGAUGGCUUAAUGUUCUCGGGCAGAUGGCCGGGGUUGCUAGUUCCGAAUGGAGCGCUGCGUCGCUUCUGCUUGCUGCUGUCUCAAUUGGCUCGGAUUUCACAUACUUUCCCAGCGUUGGUCACACUGUAGCCACGAUGGCUGGGAUGGUUGUCCUAUCCGGUCUAGCUAAUUCUCUGUCAACGUACUGGAUGGAGAAGAUGACCAGAUUAUAUGUCAUCUUUCACGCCCUAGUCCUGGUUUCUUGCGCUAUUGCUCUUCUCGUCAUGGCACAGCCUGAGAAUGGCACUCCCAAGCACACCGCCAAAUACGUUUUUACCCAUGUUGAAAACCAGUCUGGAUGGUCGCCCAUAGGCUGGAGCUUUAUGUUUGGUUUCCUCUCGGUCUCUUGGACAAUGUCCGACUACGAUGCGACCGCUCAUAUUGCGGAGGAGAUCCAUAACCCCGAAAUCAAGGCCCCUUGGGCAAUCUCGAUGGGCAUGCUUUUCACCUACGUGGCAGGAUGGUUGUACAAUAUCGUCCUGUGUUUUGUCAUGGGUGAUACCACCGGAGAACACUCUAUUCUUGCAUCUUCCAUCCAACAGCCGGUCGCACAGAUCUUCUACAACGUUUUAGGUAAAGCUGGAGGUAUUUUCUUUACGGUUUGUGCGUUGAUUAUUCUCAAAUUUGGGAAUUUUACAGCCAUGCAGUCGCUUACACGGACAAUCUUUGCCCUCUCUCGCGACGGGCUUCUGCCACUCAGCGGAGUCUGGACUAGGAUCAUGCCCCAGACUGGGAUACCCGUCUUCGCUGUCUGGGUCGUGGUAUUCUUGGCUAUUGCCGUCAAUUUAAUCGGCCUAGGCUCCUAUCCAGCUAUUGCCGGUGUCUUCAAUGUCUGUGCGAUUGCUUUGGAUUUGUCUUACUGCAUUCCGAUCUUUUGCAAGAUCGUUUAUGGAAACUUCACUCCUGGUCCGUGGCACUUGGGCAAAUACGCGAUAUUCAUCAAUGCCUAUGCCUGUCUCUGGACCAUUUUCGUGGUGGUCAUAUUUAUCAUGCCUACAAAUCUGCCAGUAACGGCUCAAACCAUGAACUAUGCCGUCGCUUACUUGGUCGCGAUUUUAUUCCUAUCAACAAUCUACUGGAUAAUUCGUGGCAAAAAACACUAUACUGGCCCUCCUCGGGAGGGCUACAAUCACUCAGUGGGAUUCGUCGAGCCUCGCAAAAGUAACGACGAGGAAACCAACGCAAAGCGCAAUGAGAAUUUGCGCUCUACUCUUACUUAG